UUGUGAGAGUCUGUGUGUACUGUAUAUAUAUGUGUGUGUGUGUUUUGUGUGGGAUCAUGAUUCCUCGUCACCUCCGUUUGACCCACUGAUCAUCAAACUGAACAUUUUGGCAAGCUGUGGUUCAGGCAUCUCAGAUCAGCACCAUGGAGCUCAACUGUCCCAUCAAGGUGGAACACGACAGGAAACGGCGGCAGUUUACUGUUAGAUUAAACGGCUCCCAUGAUCAUGCAGUGUUGCUGUACGAAUACAUCGGGAAGAAGACCGUGGAUCUCCAGCACACCGAGGUCCCUGAUGCGUAUAGAGGUCGAGGGAUUGCAAAGCACCUGGCAAAGGCAGCCAUGGAUUUUGUAGUUGAAGAAGACCUGAAGGCUCACCUCACCUGCUGGUAUAUUCAGAAGUUUGUAAAGGAGAACCCACAGCCUCAAUACCUGGAGCAUGUUUUGCAUUAAUACAGUGGUGUUGGGGUUGGGGGGGUGGCGGUGUGGGUGUGGGUUAUAGUGUCUUCAUGGAGCAUGGGAACCCCACAUCCUAUUUAUUUUUCAAUCUCUCUUGAGUUAUGCUUGCAUGUCUUGGUUGAUAUGCUCUGAUCCAUGAUUGAGCUUUGUGGGGAUGAUUUGAAUGCAGACAAAUUUAACUGUGUCUCUUUGAAAAAAAGAAGCAGGAAGAGCCAGUUCCUUUAAAGGGCUAUAGCUGUCUUGAAUCUGAAGAAUCCGCUGUAGGACUUGUAAAUGUAAAUUCCUCCGUCACCAGUCGUCUAACAGUCUCAAUUCAAUUUUGAAUAGUGUUUACAAUAAAGAACAGAACAGUAUUCCUCUAUCCUUGGCAGCACUCUGAAAGCCAUAUUUCCAACUUGAUCCUAAGGCCUUAUUAUCGCAGUGCAAAGUGAAGGUUCUCCUGUCAAUCAGAUGUCCCUUUCUGAAGAAGAACUGAUUUAUCCCUCUAUAUUGUGAUCAGUUUGCCUUAAGAAACACACAAACACAGGCAUCUCAAUAGAAUGCAAUUGGGGAGUGAUGCAGAGUCAGUGUACUGGGGUCUUCUCAAGAGCAGCAUGUGUCUGUUCAGCAUGUGAAUUCUGGAAACUCUUGUGGAAUUAAAGACGAAGAAGCAAGACCUGGAGUAUCCAUCGGCCUGCAGAUAGAGGGUUUUUCUAUUGUUUAGUGUAAUAAGGGUGCACGGUUCGUUCAGCUCAGUGGAGUAAGUACAGUGUGGCAGAGCCAGGAUAUCUGCUAAGGGUAGACUCUCUCAUUCUAGAAGAACUCAAGCCCUGACUUCAAUGAAAUUGUUGAUGAUUUUCAAGCUUUGACAAUUUACAACUUUUUAUAUGCAACUGAUAUUCUGUUUGUACAUGCAAAUAUUUGUAUUAGUGUAUGUUAUUUUAGCCUGGUUGAUUUUGGUCAGCUAUGCAUA